UUUCUUCCCUCCCACUCCGCCCUUCCUUUCCCAUUCUCCCUCUCCCUCUCCCUCUCCGUUGCCUUUCGGGGUUCAAUUGGCCGAAUUGAACCCGCAACAUGCUCCGCCACUUCCCCCUCCUCCUCCUCCUCCUCCUCCGCGUCUCCUCCAUCGCCAGCAGCGACGGCAGCGACGGCGGCGACGCCUACGAGGUCCUCCGCUCCCAUGGCCUUCCCAUCGGCCUGCUACCCAAGGGCGUCCAGGACUUCCGCAUCGACGCCGACGGUCGCUUCGAGGUCCGCCUCCCCUCCCCCUGCACCGCGAAGUUCGACGGAGAGGUCCUCUACAACGCCACCGUCUCCGGAACCAUCUCCCCCGGCCAGAUCGCCUCCCUUUCCGGCAUCGCUGCCCAGGACCUCUUCCUUUGGUUCUUAGUCCGCGCCAUCCGCCUCGACGACCAGGCCUCCGGCAUCAUCCACUUCGACGUCGGGGUCGUCGACAAGCGAUUCGCCCUCUCCCUGUUCGAGACCCCGCCGGACUGCGCCCCCGUCUCCGCUGACUACCUUCCCCGAGAGGGCUCGCGCAUAGCUGCCCACGUCGACGAGAGUCAAUCAGCUGAGCUCCGCUACAAGCUCGAUCAUCCCGACUUUGGGGAGACAACCAUCUGAAACAAGCAACGCCAUAUAUCUUCAAUUCUUCAUCAGUAAAAAGGUCACGCCUGCUUGGUUUUAGCUUGCUAAUCUGUGUGCUUGUAGAGCUUCACAGUCUCAAGCUGAAAGGCUGAACCUUUUUAUAAAAUUUCCAUUGAAUCUCGGAGUUACCAUCUGAGAUUCAAUGUAAGAUCGAUCAUAUAGCAUCCAAUGUUGGUAAGAGAGUCUGGGAUGAUACUUUUUCCAACUGAUCAAUCAUGCUAAUGCUUAUAUGAUAUCUAUUAUUGGCAUCGAUCAUAAUGUUUUGAUCAUGCCAGUAGUAUAGUUCAUAUGCAUGCAGUGAAAUCUGGAGUUUCUUUGCUGCAAAAUAUCUUUCUUGCUGUGUUGUGAUUAAUGUCCUACUCAUGUAAUUUUGUAAUAUUUAAGGAUUUGUGGGAACAUAUAGGUUCUCUUGGUUGAGAGAUAAACAGCUCUUUCAGUAGUA